AAGAGAAAGUAGGAGAGAGGAGAAAUUUUGGUUAGUUAGUGUAUUUAAGUUUUUUUCAUGUAUAUAGGGUGUAAUUUCCCUAGAAAUUAUUCAACAAGAAAACAAUUUCUAGAUUAUUUGCGGUCAGCAUAAUCUUACUAGAUUUUCUCUAACAAGAUUUCUCCACCAAAAUUGAGGAAGAGAGUUGAUUUAAAAGAUUAGAGCAUUUGUAGAGUUUUCUCAGUCCAAGUAGAAUUAAAGAGCCUUGCAAGUACCCUACACUCUCAGAAACCCUAAAAAAGAGAACCAAGAAACUUGCAGCAUAAAUAUGUUUUGAUGCUUUGAAUCCAUAAUAGAUUACUCCAAAGUCUUUAAUAAUUGCCCUUGCCUUCAAGUUUCAGUCUUUGCACUCAAGAAUGGCUAAAGAGAACACAGGUCAACAUCAGCAAACAGAAGCAAGAAGAAAGAAACUAACUUUGAUUCUUGGUGUAAGCGGACUCUGUAUUUUGUUUUACGUUUUAGGCGCAUGGCAAAACAACAAUGUCCCUGCUUCUUACUCCAAAAUGGGAUGCGAGACUAAAUCAAAUCCUUCUUCUUCAACCUCCUCCUCAUCUUCUGAGUCAUUAGAUUUCAAAAGUCAUAAUCAGGAUGAGUUCAAGGAAACAAACCAAACCAUCAAGUACUUUGAACCAUGUGACUUAUCCCUCAGUGAAUACACUCCUUGCGAAGAUAGACAAAGGGGAAGGAAAUUCGAUAGGAACAUGAUGAAAUAUAGAGAAAGGCAUUGUCCUUCAAAAGAUGAGCUUCUCUACUGUUUGAUUCCUCCUCCACCAAACUACAAGAUUCCAUUCAAAUGGCCCCAAAGCAGAGACUAUGCUUGGUAUGGCAACAUCCCUCAUAAAGAGCUCAGUGUUGAGAAAGCAGUCCAAAACUGGAUUCAAGUAGAAGGUGACCGGUUUAGAUUCCCUGGUGGUGGAACUAUGUUUCCCCGUGGAGCCGAUGCUUAUAUCGAUGACAUUGCUAGGCUCAUUCCUCUUACUAAUGGUGGAAUCAGAACAGCUAUUGACACUGGAUGUGGUGUUGCUAGUUUUGGUGCUUAUCUCUUGAAGAGAGACAUUAUGGCUGUGUCUUUUGCUCCAAGAGACACUCAUGAAGCUCAAGUUCAGUUUGCUUUAGAACGUGGAGUUCCUGCCAUAAUUGGAAUCAUGGGAUCAAGAAGGCUUCCUUACCCUGCUAGAGCUUUUGACCUUGCUCAUUGUUCUCGUUGUUUGAUCCCUUGGUUUAAAAAUGAUGGUUUGUACCUGAUGGAGGUGGACCGAGUUCUAAGACCGGGCGGUUACUGGAUCCUCUCGGGGCCACCGAUAAACUGGAAACAGUACUGGAGAGGUUGGGAGAGAACAGAGGAGGAUUUAAAACAAGAACAAGAUUCAAUAGAAGAUGUAGCAAAGAGUCUUUGCUGGAAGAAAGUGAUUGAAAAAGGUGACUUGUCCAUUUGGCAAAAGCCUAUCAAUCACAUUGAGUGUAAAAAGCUCAAACAAAACAACAAAUCACCUCCAAUAUGCAGCAGCUCGGACAACGCAGAUUCUGCUUGGUACAAAGACUUGGAACCUUGCGUAACACCGUUACCAAACACAAACAAUCCAGAGGAAUCAGCAGGUGGUGCGCUCGAGGAUUGGCCAGACCGAGCAUUCGCGGUACCUCCUAGGAUCAUCAGAGGUACCAUACAAGACAUCAACACCGAGAUGUUUAGAGAAGACAACGAGGUUUGGAAAGAGAGGAUAGCUCAUUACAAGAAGAUAGUCCCAGAGCUUUCACGUGGAAGAUUCAGGAACAUAAUGGACAUGAAUGCUUACCUCGGUGGAUUCGCUGCGUCGAUGCUUAAAUACCCAUCUUGGGUCAUGAAUGUUGUUCCAGUCCAUGCAGAGAAACAGACUUUAGGCGUGAUCUACGAGCGUGGAUUGAUUGGGACGUAUCAAGACUGGUGUGAAGGAUUCUCUACUUAUCCAAGAACUUAUGAUAUGAUUCAUGCAGGAGGAUUGUUCACUUUAUAUGAUAACAGAUGUGAUUUGACGCUGAUAUUGUUGGAGAUGGAUAGAAUAUUGAGACCAGAAGGAACGGUUGUGUUGAGAGAUAAUGUGGAGAUGUUGACGAAAGUAGAGAAAAUAGCGAAGAGAAUGAAGUGGAAUACUCAAAUUGUGGAUCAUGAGAAAGGUCCAUACAAUCCUGAGAAGAUUCUUGUUGCUGUUAAAACUUAUUGGACUGGUCAACCUUCUAACAACAGUAACAAUAACUAGUGUGCCAAUUCUCUUGGUUCCACUCUCCUUUGUGUUUAUUUAUUUAUCUUUGCUUUACU